AUGCGCAGUGGAUGCGCAGCCUCGCUCUUCCCUGAGCUGUUGUGACGCUGAAGUAAUUCAGGCUGCUGGCGGAUCGAGCAGUUUUUCCACAGAUCAUGGCGGUGGAAAAGCGUUUGGCCUAUUCUAUUGUGCAGUUCCUCAGAGACCAGACACACUGUGGUUCACUAAAUUCAGAUGAGCAGGAAAGCCUCGAAGUUGCUAUACAAUGUUUGGAAACAACAUUUAAGAUCAGCUCGAGUGACUGCCACCUUGCAGCUCCACAGCCUCUCAGAGAAAUCUUUCUGAACGCCCUGCUCAAGAAUGACAUUGUGACAUUACAAGAGACGUCUCCAUCUCCGGAGGACAUAGAGAGAGCUGAGCAGCUGAAAAAUGAAGGAAACAACCACAUGAAGGAGGAGAACUAUAGCUGUGCGGUGGAGUGCUACAGGAAAGCCAUUCAUCUGGACCAAAGAAAUGCAGUGUACUACUGCAACAGAGCUGCGGCACACAGUAAACUGGGAAAUUACACAGAAGCUAUCACAGACUGUGAGCGGGCCAUAGCUAUUGAUCCAACAUACAGUAAAGCCUUUGGAAGAAUGGGAUUGGCCCUGGCAGCCAUGAGCAAGUAUCCAGAGGCCAUUUCUUACUUUAAGAAAGCGCUGGUACUGGAUCCUGAAAAUGACACCUACAAAUCUAACUUAAAGACAGCUGAGCAGAAAAAGAAGGAAUCAUCAAAUCCUACAGUUGCCAGACUGGGCUUUGACAUGGCCAGCCUCAUCAAUAACCCAGCCUUCAUUAGCAUGGCUGCCAGUGUGAUGCAAAACCAACAAGUGCAACAGCUUAUGUCAGGAAUGAUGUCUAAUGCAGUAGGAGGUCCUGCAGCAGGAGUUGGAGGAUUGUCUGAUAUUUCCAGCCUCAUUGAAGCUGGUCAGCAGUUUGCCCAGCAGAUUCAGCAGCAGAACCCAGAGCUGAUAGAGCAGCUAAGAAACCACAUCCGCAGCCAAUCCUUCAGUAGCAGUCCAGAGGAACACUCCUGAUCUGCAGAGGUCCAUGUGAGAGGAAGGACAAAAGCAUGGUGAGCGGAGGCAAAGGGAGGGAUCAUUGGGAAUGCAAUCUGUACACCCAUUCUUUCUAACUGGCACUGGCAGAGCUGGAGUGAAGUGAGACUGGGUCAUGGCACUUUACAAAGAAAAGGGCUUUCAGUCAGGAGGGAGGCAGAGGAAACACAAGUCUGAAGGACUUUUCACACUACAUUUCUUUCUUCAUCAGUUUAUUUUGGUAUAAUGUUCUAAAAUGAUCUAAGUAAUAUAAUGUCUUAAUGAAAAAAGUCUAAAUGUGUUCAGUAAUGAUAACAUCUCAAGACCCUAUUUUAAACUGUAUUAGUACUGAAUACACCAGAAUGCCCUUUUUUAUUUACUGUAAGAUUCAGAGUGUAUCCUAGAAAUACUUAAUACAUCACAACAUGUCACACUGUUAUAUUCAAACUGCCUGUAGAUAACUGAAGCCUGUACAUUAUUUACAAGAUGGUGUAUGUGUUAAUGUUAGAUCAGCCAGGGCUUAGUGUUAGCUACCUUGCUUACAUUAACUAUUAUCUACCUUAGCCAUCAUCAUAAAAUUAUGCACAUUUAUUAAAUUAACCCAAGUAGCAUAGAAGAAAAAGAAUUGUUUGCAAUUAAAAGUUACAGAAAGGAGAUUAAAAGUUACAGAAAGUCCAUAAUUGGUCUCUGUCUGUCUGUCUGUCUGUCUGUCUGUCUGUCUGUCUGUCUGUCUGUCUAUCUAUCUAUCUAUCUAUCUAUCUAUCUAUCUAUCUAUCUAAUCUAUCUAUCUGGAUGGAUGGAUGGAUGGAUGGAUGGAUAGACACACACACAUUGUCAGUGCACUUCCUCAUUGUUUUGGGUUAAAACUUCUGCUCAGUACACUAGCUGUAGGGAGUUGAUGGGUUUUUUCCUGCCUCUGAAAAAUAUGAAAGUAAGUGGAUUGGACAAUCUUAAUUUCCUCUAAAUGUGGGUUUUUGUAUUAUGCCCUGCCAGGUGUGUUACUGAAAAUGAAUGGGCAGGUUUGACUUUAGUGUGGUUUAUUUUAUCAGACAAUAUCAGUUUUAAUUUAAUAGAGCAAAAUUACUAUUACUUCUACCCACUAUGGAGUUUUAAAUUUAAUGCUCUGCAGGGUCUGCAAGGUCGCAGUUAAAUACUUUAUAUCAUGUUUGUUCGAUUUCUCCUCCUGUUCCUUGUAAAAAAAAUAUUUCUCAGCACUAUAUAAAUAUUCCAGUUCACUGUGGAAAGCCAAGUAGUGUGAAAUGUUACAUAAAUACUGAAGUAUGUAGCUUGUGUUGUUAUCUAUCCUCAUCUAACUCCAGACAGAACUACCAUCUAACACAGCGUACUGUGGGCUUUCGUAGCAAAGUACACACGAGACACUUUUCUGCUUCUAUAGAUUUGUGUGUAGCUUUGUGUGCUGGUCCUCUGCUUUUCUUAUAAACACCUGGCAUUGACACAUCAGGGUCGAGUUGGUUUUAUUUUAGUAAAUGACUUAUUAUUGUUAGCUUGCCUAUAUAUUUUCUAUCUCUUGGUCGUGUUCACAGACCUUGAAAUCUGAGGAACUGCAAUGUCUUAAGAUUGUACGUACAUUGUACAGAACUUUAUGUUCAUUUUUGAGCAUUAAAUAUUUAGAAAACAUGUUUCUACAUGAUGUUAAUUCACCAUCAUCACCAUCAAGUAGUUGUUUACUCAACUAUAACACAAUGUUUUUUUUUAACUGAGCACAUUCAAUGACAUUUGUAUGCAUGCUUCACGAUCUGGUUUGUGCAGUCUGAUGUGUAAAUUCAUUCAUAGGGACCAUGUGUGUAAACACUGAGGAUAUGAACAGGUCAGUCAGUGUUUCUAGAAAUCAUUGUUAAUGUGCAAUCAUACAUUAAUGAAAGAAUAAUGAUGAAUUAAACAGAAGUGUUUUACUCA